AUGGAUCGAGCCCUCGACGAUGUCAUAAAUGAGCGCCAGGUAUGCCUCGCUGCGGUCCGCCCUCCGCGACAGCCUGCAGAGCUCGAAGCUAACGGCUUACCGACAUCACAGCGCGGUGGCUUUCGUGGACCAAGAGGCCGUCGGCAGGAGAGUGGGCCGCGAGACGGCGUAAGAAAGCCGAAUCCCAGAGACGAACCUCGGAAUCUUGACCGAGACUGGGUCCACGACCGAUACGAAGAUGAGAACGACUCUCGACGACCGUCUCGCAACUUUCGAUCGCAGAGGCUUGAGCGGUAUACACCCGAAACCGACCCCUCGCAGUCCGGCGCCAAGCUCCGUGUUGACAACAUACACUACGACCUCACCGAGUCCGAUCUGAGGGAACUCUUCGCUCGCAUCGGCCGCGUCCAAUCCGUCGAGCUCCUCUACGACCGCAGCGACCGCAGCAAAGGCAUCGCCUACGUCACAUACACCGACUUGCGCGACGCACGCACCGCAAUCCGCGAAUUCGACGGCGCCAACGCCAACGGCCAGCCGAUCCGCCUAACCUUGAUCCCGCCUGCCCCUGCCAAAGCCCCCGAGCCGCGCCGCAACCCCUUCGACAGCGUGACCCUCCCCGGCCGCAGCUUGUUCGACCGCAUCGAGAGAGACAGGAGCGCGAGCCCCGGCAGUGAGCGCGAACGCGAGGCUGGCGGUAGACGUCGAGGUGGCAGACGUGACGACGGUGUCAGACACUCGGAUGUCAGCAAGCCCGCUCCGGAGCACAUCGAUCGCUACGUCCCCGGCCAACGGGACUCGCGCUCCGGUUCGCGGCGCCGCUCUCCGCUGCCUCCGCGUGGUGGCGGGCGCGACGGGGGUCGUCGGCCUGGAGGCCGGCGCGAGCAGAGCGGCAGGAUGGGCAACAGAGAUGAAGAUGGGAGACCCAUGGUUAAGGGCCGACCGAGAAAGACGGCUGAAGAGCUGGACGCGGAGAUGGCGGAUUAUUGGGGGACUACGGAGGGGGGCCGGACUGCGGCUGCUGGGGGCAACGCGGAUGGGGCUGCUGCGGGCAAUGAUGAUAUUGAUAUGAUUGAAUAG